CGGUUAAUUCCACACAAACACAUUUGAAGUACUUACUCCAAAUUUGAAAACGAGGAGGUCUGCGAGUAUUUAUUGUAAGAUUGAUCCUAUUUUUUGCAGAAUGCUAAGCAUGUUUUAUAUACUCCGGGCUUUAGAUGUAUACAUACUAAAAAUAUUACAUUAAUACGUUAAAUCGUUAAAAACAACAAUUAUUUCAGUGUUUGUCCUCGCAAUUUUGUCCGAGAGUUCACUUCCGUUGUCUGAGAGGAAAUGCGUCACGUCACUACGCUGGGAAAUUCCAAAAUAAAACCUCCAAACGCAUGUCCUCCUUGAGAUGUUGGUUCGGUGAGCGGCGUAUGCUAUUAUUUUGAAGCGUCAGCGGAAACGGCUCUCUGCGCCGAGUGCACGGUCCAAAAAGGCAAACCGCCUGAAACAAUCGCCUGAGUUUUUAAUUUAAAAGUCUACAAUUAUUAUGUCUUCUAAUAGCAUGGCGGAUCCCAGGAGACCAAACAGGAUAUUGCGGUACAAGCCCCCCAGCACGGAGUCUAACCCCACCCUGGAGGACCCCACCCCGGACUACAUGAACCUGCUGGGCAUGAUCUUCAGCAUGUGUGGGCUGAUGCUCAAGCUCAAAUGGUGCGCCUGGAUCGCCGUCUACUGCUCCUUCAUCAGCUUUGCCAACUCCAGAAGCUCGGAAGACACCAAACAGAUGAUGAGCAGCUUCAUGCUGUCCAUCUCGGCCGUGGUCAUGUCCUACCUCCAGAACCCGCAGCCCAUGUCGCCGCCGUGGUGACCCCGGCAACCACGAUGAUGUCGCCAUAAUUUUCUUUUUUUGUAAACAUUUGCCAUUCUUUUAUUGGGAAACACCUGCUGAUGUUUUACAAGAUGAUGCAAAUAAAGUUGUUAUACAAAGAA